AAUUUCAACCCAGUACGACGAGAAGGCUCUGUUCGUUUUGAAUUAGGGUUUUCUUUUUUUGUUAAUUGAUGAUGUCGCAACCCAAAUUGGGAGGCGGUGCGGAGGCGCACGCCCGGAGCAAGCAGUACGAGUAUCGCGCCAACUCCAGCCUGGUGGUGGCCACCGGCUUGAGGUCACGUGGCACGCACGAGCCCACCGGCGAGCCGGAGUCGCUGCGGGGUAAGAUUGAUCCUCAUUGCUUCGGCGACAAGGCGUACAGGGGAAGACCGGACGACGAGUCGUCGAAGAUGAUGAUGAAGAAGAAGAAGAAGAAGGAGCGCGACGGUGGCGAUGAAGCUGGUUUGACUCGCCGGAAGCGGCGGCGUGUUGAGGCGCGGAGCGUGCUUAGUGAGACGGAUGAGGGAGGUGUGUACCAGCCGAAGACGAGGGAGACGCAGGCGGCGUACGAGGCGUUGCUCGGUUUGAUUCAGCAGCAGCUCGGCGGUCUGCCGCCGAGUGUAGUUUCCGGCGCGGCCGAUGAGAUCCUGGCGGUGCUGAAGAAUGAGAAGCUGAAGAGUUCCGUGAAGAAAUCGGAGAUUGAGAAGCUGUUGAAUGCUGUACCGGAGUCGGUGUUUGAUGGCUUUGUGAGGAUUGGGGCUUUGAUUACCGAUUAUCAUGAUGCCUGUGCAGCUUGUGGUGAUGAAUCUGUUGGCGAUUUUGGAGUUUCGGUUGAGUUUGAAGAGAAUGAGGACAAUGAGGAAGGGAGUGAUCUUGAUUUGGUGCCGGAGGAUGAUGAGGAAGCAGAGGAGGAGGAGGAGGAGGUUGGUGAUUUCGGCGCAAUGCAAAUGGGUGGAGGGUUUGAUGAUGUCGAAAUGCUGGAAGCGAAUGAGGGUGUGAGGCUUAAUGUGCAGGACAUUGAUGCUUAUCGGCUUCAGAGGAAGAUUUCGGAAGCUUUUGGCAAGCAGAUUGAUGCAGCGCAGUGUCACAGGCUCGCCGAGGAGGUUCUUGGGAUGCUACUCGAAGGUAAUGAUAUGACUGUCGAAAAUAAGCUGGUGCAUUAUCUUAAUUUUAAGAAUUUUGAACUAAUUAAGUUUCUGUUGCGAAACCGGUUGAAGAUUUUCUGGUGCACUCGUUAUGCACGAGCUGUAGGGGAGGAGGAGAAGAGGAGAGUCGAGGAGGAGAUGUUGCAGGUGGGGUUGGGAUCAGUUGUGGAUGAGUUGCAUGCCACGAGGCGUGGUGCAAAGGAGAGGCUACAGAACUUUGAGAGGGGGAUUAGAGAAGAGGCUCGAAAGUUGAAGAGUAUUGGCGGAGAUGGGGACAUGGCUGGGAGGGGACUUGUUGAUAGGGAUGGUGAUAAUGGUUGGUGGAAUAAUAACCAUCCUCGGUUGCUUGAUCUUGAAAGACUUGCACCUAGACAUUUGGAGCCGAAGAAGUGCCUGCUUCCGGAUGGAUCUUCCAGAUGUCAUUCAAGGAAGGGGGUUGAAGAAGUUCAUGUGCCGGCAUUGAAGCCUAAACCAUUUGGUGCUAAUGAGAAACUUGUGAAAAUUUUUGAUAUGCCAGAAUGGGCUAGACCGGCGUUUAAAGGAAUGACUCAGUUGAAUAGGGUACAGAGUAAACUUUACGAGGCUGCUUUUCAAAAUGGUGACAAUAUCCUCCUAUGUGCUCCUACUGGGGCAGGGAAAACUAAUGUAGCUGUUCUCACUAUCCUUCAGCAGUUUGCACUUAACAUGAAUGAGGAUGGUUCAAUCAACCACAAUGCUUAUAAGAUCGUAUAUGUUGCUCCUAUGAAAGCACUUGUAGCUGAAGUUGUUGGCAACUUGUCUGAUCGUUUGCAAGAGUAUGGUGUCACAGUGAAGGAGCUAAGUGGUGACCAGACACUGACUAGCCACCAAAUUGAAGAGACUCAAAUCAUUGUCACCACUCCUGAGAAGUGGGAUAUCAUUACCAGAAAGUCAGGAGAUCGUACUUACACGCAACUCGUGAAGCUUCUAAUUAUUGAUGAAAUUCAUCUCCUCCAUGACAAUAGGGGUCCUGUUCUCGAAAGCAUUGUAGCAAGAACUCUUAGGCAGAUGGAGACUGCUGGAGGUUAUAUUCGGCUGGUGGGACUAUCUGCCACGCUCCCUAACUAUGAAGAUGUAGCCAAGUUCUUACAUGUUGAUUUUGAUAGGGGCUUGUUUCAUUUUGACAAUAGCUACAGGCCUGUCCCUCUUUCUCAACAGUACAUUGGAAUCACAGUAAAGAAGCCAUUGCAGAGGUUUCAGUUGAUGAAUGAUAUCUGCUAUGAAAAGGUGAUGGCAGUAGCUGGAAAACAUCAAGUUCUUAUAUUUGUCCACUCCAGGGCAGAAACAGCCAGGACUGCUAGUGCUUUACGAGAUACUGUGCUUGUUAAUGAUGCCGUUGGUAGGUUUUUGAAAGAAGACAGUGCGAGCAGGGAAAUUCUUCUCACACAUACUGAAUUGGUCAAGAGCAAUCAUCUUAAAGAUCUUUUACCGUAUGGUUUUGCUAUUCAUCAUGCUGGGUUGAAUAGAGCAGACCGCGAGCUGGUUGAGGAUCUCUUUGCUAGUGGGCAUGUUCAAGUUCUGGUCUCAACUGCAACACUUGCUUGGGGUGUGAAUCUGCCGGCUCAUACUGUCAUAAUCAAAGGGACCCAGAUCUAUGAUUCAGAAAAGGGAGCAUGGACUGAACUAAGUCCUCUUGAUAUUAUGCAGAUGUUGGGUCGUGCAGGAAGACCUCAGUAUGAUUCGUAUGGAGAGGGGAUAAUCAUUACUGGCCAUACUGAACUGCAAUACUAUCUUUCUAUGAUGAACCAACAACUUCCUAUUGAAAGUCAAUUUGUGUCCAGAUUGGCAGAUCAGUUGAAUGCUGAAAUUGUUAUGGGAACUGUUCAAAAUGCUCAAGAAGCUUGUCACUGGUUGGAAUACACUUAUCUGUACAUUCGCAUGUGUAGGAAUCCUAUGCUCUAUGGUUUGGAAGCUAACGUUCUCACCAAAGAUCCAAAACUGGAGGAGAGGCGAGCUGAUUUGAUCCAUUCUGCUGCAACCAUCUUGGAGAAGAACAACUUAAUCAAGUAUGGCGGAAGAAGUGGAUAUUUCCAAUUUACAGACUUGGGUCGCAUUGCUAGCCAUUAUUACAUAACUCAUGGGACAAUAUCAGCAUAUAAUAUGGAUUUGAAGCCAACUAUGGGGGAUAUCGAGCUCUACCGAUUGUUCUCGCUCAGUGAAGAGUUUAAGUAUGUCAAUGUGCGGCAGGAUGAGAAGAUGGAAUUAGUAAAAUUAUUCGAACGUGUUCCCAUUCCGGUCAUGGAGAGCUUGGAAGAUCCCAGUUGCAAGAUUAAUGUUUUGCUGCAAGCAUAUAUUUCACAGCUGAAGUUUGAGGGGUUCUCAUUGACACAGGAUAUGGUUUACAUUACACAGAGUGCUGGACGUCUUGUACGAGCUCUUUUCGAGAUUGCUUUGAAACAAGGAUGGGCUCAACUUGCAGACAAGACUUUGAACUUGUGUAAAAUGGUCAACAAGAGGAUGUGGAGUGUCCAAAUGCCACUUCGCCAAUUCCAUGGAAUAACAAAAGAUAUCUUGGUAAAGUUGGGGAAGAAUAAUUUGGCAUGGGAAAGGUAUUAUGACCUCUCUUCACAGGAGCUAGGGGAGCUUGUAAAGAUGCCAAAGAUGGGGAGAAUACUUCAUAAGUUCGUCCACCAGUUCCCCAAAUUAAACCUUGCAGCACAUGUUCAGCCAAUUACUCGAACAGUACUCAGAGUUGAGCUUACCAUAACGCCAGACUUCCAAUGGGAGGACAAAGUUCAUGGCUACGUGGAGCCAUUUUGGGUACUUGUGGAGGAUAAUGACGGGGAACAUAUUCUUCAUCAUGAAUAUUUUUUGCUGAAGAAGCCAUAUAUUAAUGAGGAUCAUACUUUGAACUUCACUGUUAAAAUUAAAGAACCCCUUCCACCUUACUACUUAAUUCGUGUUGUAUCUGAUAGGUGGCUUGGGUCGCAGACUGUUUUGCCUGUUUCUUUCAGAUACCUCAUCUUACCUGAAAAGUAUCCUCCACCGACAGAGUUAUUGGACCUGCAACCGCUUCCUGUGACCGCAUUAAGGAAUCCUCUAUACGAAGCUUUGUAUCAAGAUUUCAAGCAGUUCAAUGCUGUUCAAACUCAGGUCUUCAAUGUUUUGUAUAACUCUGAUGACAAUGUUUUAGUUGCUGCACCAACAGGCAGUGGGAAGACCAUAUGCGCAGAGUUUGCUGUAUUGAGGAAUUAUCAAAAGGCCUCCGAAAGUGGCAUACGUGUUGUGUACAUUGCCCCGGUUGAAGGUCUUGCCAAGGAAAGGCAUGCUGACUGGCAAAAGAAGUUUGGAAUGGGGUGCAAUGGUCUUAAUUUGCGGGUUGUUGAAUUAACAGGGGAAACAGCUACAGAUUUAAAGCUACUUGAAAAAGGUCAGAUCAUCAUCAGCACUCCAGAGAAAUGGGAUGCUUUAUCUCGCCGUUGGAAACAGAGGAAGCAUGUUCAACAAGUUAGUCUUUUUAUUAUAGAUGAACUACACUUGAUUGGUGGUCAGGGUGGUCACACACUGGAGAUAAUAGUAUCUAGGAUGAGAUGUAUGGCAAGUGAACUUGAGAUGAAGAUUCGUAUUGUAGCACUGUCAAGUUCGCUUGCAAAUGCCAAGGAUCUUGGAGGAUGGAUAGGGGCUGCAUCUCAUGGCCUUUUCAAUUUUCCUCCCAGUGUGCGCCCAGUGCCUGAAAUACACAUUCAGGGGGUUGAUAUAGUUAAUUAUGAAGCAAGAAUGCAGGCUAUGACAAAACCAACAUACACUGCAAUUGUUCAACAUGCCAAGAAAGGAAAACCAGCUCUUGUAUAUGUUCCUACAAGGAAACAUGUCCAACAAACAGCUCAGGAUCUGAUAAAUUACUCCAAUGCUGAGUGUGGUGGGAAUUCCUCAUUUCUGUUGCGAUCUUUAGAUGAGAUUGAGCCUUUCUUUGAGAAAAUCAGCAAUGAGAAGUUGCGAGACUGUUUGCGGCAUGGAGUGGGAUUCUUGCACGAGGGACUAACCGGUGAUGAUCAAGACAUUGUGUCAGCACUUUUUGAGGCCGAGUACAUUCAGUCAUGUGUCAUGAGCAGUACACUAUGUUGGGGAGUGCCCUUGUCAGCACAUUUGGUGGUUGUGAUGGGAACUCAAUACUAUGAUGGCCGGGAAAAUCUUCACACUGAUUACCCAGUUCCUGAUCUCUUGCAGAUGAUUGGUCGUGCUUGUCGCCCUAAGAAAGACAAUUCUGGAAUAUGUGUCAUUCUCUGCCAUGCCCCUCAGAAAGAAUACUACAAGAAGUUCCUAUAUGAGGCGUUGCCUGUUGAGAGCCAUUUGCACCAUUACCUACAUGACAAUAUAAAUGCUGAAGUUGUAGCUCAAGUAAUCGGAAACCAUGAAGGGGCUCUCAAUUACCUCACAUGGACUUUUUUCUACAGGAGGCUCACACAAAAUCCCAACUAUUAUAAUCUUCAGGGAGUUACACACGUGCAUGUUUCUGAGUACCUUUCAGAGCUUGUGGAAAAUACACUGAGUGACCUGGAAACAAGCAAGUGUGUUGCUAUCGAGAAUGGGGAUGUUUCUGCCUUGAAUCUAGGCAUAAUAGCUUCAUACUAUUACAUCAGUUAUUCUACAAUUGAGCGUUUCAAUUCCUCUUUAACUUCUAGAACAAAGAUGAAGGGUCUUCUUGAGAUUCUAGCUCAUGCUUCGGAGUACUCUCAGAUUUCCAUACGACCUGGAGAGGAAGAGGUGAUUCAAAGGUUGAUUAACCACCAGAGGUUUUCCUUUGAGAAUCCCAACUGCACAGAUCCUCAUGUCAAAGCAAAUGCUCUUCUUCAGGCCCAUUUCGCAAGACAUCAUGUGGCUGGGAACCUAUCAAUGGACCAGCGUGAGGUUCUCCUUUCUGCAAGUAGGUUGCUUCACGCAAUGGUUGAUGUCAUUGCCAGCAAUGGAUGGCUAAACAUUUCUCUGCUAGCAAUGGAAGUCAGCCAGAUGGUCACUCAGGGGAUGUGGGAUUGUGAUUCGAUGCUUCUACAGCUUCCUCACUUCACAAGGGAGCUGGCAAAGAGAUGCCAAGAGUUUCCUGGAAGAAAUAUAGAGAGGGUAUCUGAUUUGGUUGACAUGGAGUAUGUUGGGAGGCGUGAACUACUUCAGGAACUGCAGAUGUCAGAUAUACAGUUGGAGGAUAUUGAACAAUUUUGUAAACGAUUUCCCAACAUUGAAAUGACAUUUAAGGUGCUGGAGAGUGAGAAUAUAAGAGCUGGGGAGGAAAUCACUUUGCAAGUUAAUGUGGACCGUGAACAGGUUGGCCCCGUUGAUGCACCAAGGUAUCCAAGGACCAAAGAAGAGGGGUGGUGGCUAGUAGUUGGGGAUACCAAGACUAACUCAUUGCUUGCCAUCAAAAAAGUUCCGCUACUAAAGAAGGCGAUGAUGCAACUUAGAAUUUUGGCCCCUGCAGAAGCUGGAGAGAAGACGUAUACACUGUAUUUCAUGUGUGAUUCAUAUUUGGGGUGUGAUGAGGAGCAUAACUUCACUGUUGAUGUUAAAGAAUAGCCCUGAUGAAGAUAGUGGAGACAUUGAGAUGAGUAAAUGAAAACUAUUUUAGCUUUUGUGUAUCAAAUGGUUGGGAGAAACAUGUUGAUUCCUAGGUUCAUAUCAAUGAUGAAAUGCUCACAUUUUUCAUGAAUAGUUUUGGUGAAUAUUUGCAGUUUGUGUCAAUACAAUUCGAUCCGUUUAUAUAGUAAUGUCUUGCGUGAGAUUUGAUUUAUGAUCAUAUCAGUUUGCAUCUGAUCUGUAUAUGAU